CUCACUCAUUGCUGAUAGCUCCUAAUAAGCUGGGCACGACGAAGGGGAAGGGGCUCGUCCAUAAUAUUAGUCCAGUGUAGACCCACCACUAACAAGAGUUCAGUUCUGUUAGCUAGAUUAAGUGGUAGAACUCUUAAAGUAGCUAAAAAAACAGAAGACAAAGCUGUCCAGCUGAGAAAGUGCUUUAAGUAAUAGAGCAAUACCCAAGACAGUGUUCUUCAAGAAGUAAUUCUAAGAGAAUGGAAGUAGUCCUGACCAGACUUAGAGAUUUCUCAUGUAAGGAAGCUAGCUUUGAAGAUUGCAAAGCAGCAGUGAGCUUCAGAGAGCAGCCAAUGGCAGAAGAAACAUGCAGGGACGAGAGGGUGAACUGUGAUCAUGCUGGGCGUCUGGACAUAGAGAGUGCUUUGGCCUGGCUGAGACGAGAGCUGAUGGAGUUGCGCUCUCAGGACCAGGCUCUGAUCCGGCAGCUCAUGGACCUCCACGCAGGUAUUCAGGAGCUGAAGCAGGAGUGUGCGGUGGACGACGAGGAAGAGGAGGGGCCGGAUGAAUAUGAAGAACAGUCCUGGGACUCUGAUAGUGAAGCUGAGGGGAGCAGUACUUCCUCUUAUUCAGGAGAAAUGUCCUUUUGCUCAUCCAUCUACUCUAACUUCUAUACUAGUCCACUAGCACACUCCCUGUCUAAGAGGACCAUUGGCCGUCGUAGUUCAGUGCCUUAACAAACUCCUAGCUUCUGACACACUGAGGCUUUCAUUCACACUGUUGUCACAUAAUCUCUUGAAGUAUUACUAACUGCAUUCAAGAGAACAUAAUAGUAGGUUAUUAUACAGCUAGGAUGGGGGUUGCGUUCUGGAAAAACAUGUUUAAAUGGGUUUCAGAGCAAAUCACAAGUUCAGAGAAGGGUGGAGUGCUGUUUACUGUGAACUCUGUUUAUUAUCACAGGUCUCAGUCUGACAAGGUCUUGUGAGAAAGGCUGCUAUUAUCAUUUUAUUUCACUGACAAACCUUGUUUUAAGUCACUCAGUAGAUGUAUAGAUAUAUAGCUGGGUCCAAAAGUCUGAGACCACUAGUGAAAAUGCUUCUGUUUGGCAUUGUUUUCUAAUGUAAUACAACAAUUCUCUUUACAAAUUAUUUUAUUGACAACACCCUGAGUGAAAAAUAGAAUCUUAGUGUUUGGUAUGUGCCCUUUUUGCUUUAACGACUGUGUGCACUGUCACUUGUGUGCAGAAGUUUGUGUAAAACCUGAUGAUCCAUUUUAGAUCAAAUCCAUCGGAGUAUCAUCUGAACAUGUGCUUCAGUGGAAGGGAUAAGUCUCAUGGAAAAUCUGACCUUUUGUCCAAAGUAGUUAACUUGGUCAGUAAUUUGUGAAAAAUGUAAUUAGUGACCUAGUAAUUUUGCAGAAUUUUGGGUAUUGAAUAGUCAAGAUGUUGCACUUUUUUUAUUGCAGAAUUUUUCAAAAUUCAAAAAAUUUUUUUAGUUCCAGGUUUAUAUAAAAAAACUAAAAAAACAACUUUUGGACUCAUAUAUAUAUAUAUAUAUAUAUAUAUAUAUACGCAUAUAUAUGUAUGUGUGUGUGUGUGUGUGUGUGUGUACAUCACAUUUAAACACAUGCAAUAUGUCUGACUCACUACUGUUAGUAGCUGCAGAUGUCUGACUUUUUCAAUAGUAACUGAAGAUUGAAUGUUUGACUUCAUGACGUGGAACUUCAUGUCACAUAAAGCUGAAACCAGGGUGGCCUUCACUAGUCAGACUUUUUUCUUUCAGUAUGAUAAAGUGUGAUUUAUUAUAUGCUAAAGUAACGCCCUUUGCAUAUUUGCAUUCGCUAGAUCACACCCGACUUUCUGCAUGCAUCUCUGCUGAAUGUAGAUUAGGUGAUGAAAACUAAACUCUAAAACUAAAAGGAAACAUUUUAACAUUUCACCAAAACUCUUUCAUCAAAAUCUGUGCCUUCGGGGACCUCGGGAAAUUUGAGCUCAAACACACCAUAUAUUCACUAAUAGAAUAUCCAAGACAUGGAUUUCUCAGAAUAUACACGUGUGUAUAUGUGUGUUCGAAAUUCUAUAUGAUCAAAACAGAUUAUUAUCCCAAUAUAUAUAAAUUGCAAAAGCACUGGAUCUUACACACAUUCUUACUGCAAAGUCUAAAACCUAGACGAGAACAGACUCAUUAUAUUGGCUCUAUCUAUGCCAGGAAUGAAUAAGCUAGAAAAAGAACAUGUACAUUUAUGGAGUUAGGAUAAGGAUAAUGUAGUUAAAUUAAAUGUGAGUUAAUGUAGUCUAUAAUAUUGUGAUUUUUCUGGUUGUGAAUAUAUGUUUUCAUGAAAAUAUUCAUUUUGGAAAUCCAUGAAAAAGUCUCAUUUAUUUAUUGGUUUGGUAAUUUGUUUUAUUCAGCAAUAAAAACUUCAAAUAUA